AUGGAUUCGAAGAACAUACUAGCGGCUUCGUUCAUAAAUGCCAUUAAUAUAGAGCAGAAGGCAGAUCUGUUGGCUACAGAUGAAUAUUUGGCGAAAUACUCUCCAAAAAAGUUGGCUCAAUUUGGGUUAGCAGUGGUAAACUUGGUAAUUUCGAAUUUGCGUACUGGUUUAGGAGGUAAGACAUUAAUUGAAUUAAGUGUAGACUCUGCAGUCUCCAACCCGGAUGAUGAUAUCAAUCCUGGAAGUAUAAGAGUUGGUGAUAUUGUAAAGUUAAGCAAGAUGGAUAAUAAAAAGACAUCAUCAGAUGAGAAAGACAAUUUGAUGGAUGUAGAUGCCGUGGUAACUAAGGUGAGUUCUAAAUUCAUUGCCAUUGCUGUGGAUGAAGAUAGUUCUGAUGAGAAGAUACUCAAUUUGUACAACAAUACCGGCAAUGACUCAACCAAAGUUUGGAUUGUGAAGUUGGCAAACUCCGUCACUUACAAGAGAAUGAUAUCAAGUUUAAAUAAACUAAUCGAGUUUAAAGGCGGAAAUCAGAUAAUAGAUUUAUUACUUGGUAAUACUAAGUAUAUAUUGCCUCAAUCUUCACCUUCAGUAAAGUCCUUUUUUGAUGCAAAUUUAAAUGACUCUCAAAAAUCUGCAAUUGAAUUUGCAUUGAGCUCCCCUUUGACUAUUAUUCACGGACCUCCAGGUACUGGUAAGACUUACACGCUUAUAGAACUAAUUAAACAGUUGAGCUUUAAUAAAAAUGAAAGGGUAUUGGUAUGUGGACCAUCAAACAUAUCUGUUGAUACGAUAUUAGAGAGACUAUCUGCUGUUUUCACUAAUGAUGAAGUCCAAGAAACGUCUAAAAAGAAGAGAUCAUCAAGGAACAGUGAUAAGAAGAGUCUUUCACCGGAAAAGCUCAUAAGAAUUGGGCAUCCUGCUAGAUUGUUGCCCACAAAUCUUGCUCAUUCAUUAGAUGUGCUUUCAAAGACCAACUAUGGAAGCGGGAACACCGAUAGCAAAGAGAUUUUGCUAGAUCUUCAAAAAGAAAUAUCAGAAACACUUGGUAAGAUCAAGAAAUGCAAACGGUAUUCUGAAAGGAGAGUUUUAUGGUCAGAUUUAAAGGUAUUGAAAAAGGAUUUGAGAGAACGAGAGAAAAAGGUCACUGAGGAGCUUCUAAUGGGAGCUAAAGUAAUUCUUCUGACAUUACAUGGUGCUGGUGCCUAUGAACUCACCUCAUUAUACAAAACGCAUGCUGAGUUAGAUUCCGAAAGCAAUCCUCUUUUUGAUACUAUUAUCAUUGAUGAGGUUUCCCAAUCAUUAGAACCUCAAUGUUGGAUACCUAUUAUUAACCAUAUAGGAGCGAAACGAUUGAUUAUUGCUGGUGAUAAUAUGCAGUUACCUCCUACUGUGAAAUCCAAUUCUGGAGAUUUGUCUCUUUCAAAACUCAAUAUAAAGGAUAAAAAUGGAGAAGAGAGUGUUGCAGACUUAGAAUUCACCUUAUUCGAUAGAUUAGUCCAAGAUUUGGAUGGAAACUUGUACAAGAAAUUGCUUGACACUCAAUAUCGGAUGAACGCCAAGAUUAUGAAAUUCCCAUCUGAAGAAUUGUACGAUGGUAAAUUAAAAGCGCAUAAGUCGGUGGCUGAUAUUACAUUAAGUCAAUUGCCAAACGUAAAUAUGGUAGAUGAAACCGAGAAUGUUUGUAUCUGGUAUGAUACACAAGGUGGUGAUUUUCCUGAGAAAUCAACCGAUAAUGAAAACAAUGAUAUCAUUGGAAGCGGAGGUUCGAAAUUCAAUGAACUAGAAGCACUACUUUGCAUUCAGCAUGUUGAAAAACUCCUAAAUUCAGGAGUUAAACUGGAGCAUAUUGGAAUUAUUUCACCUUACAAUGCACAAGUAUCGUUGCUAAAAAAAUCUUUAAAUGAAUCUACGUCGAUCGAUGCCGAUUCUGAAGUAAUUGAAAUUUCGACCGUUGAUGGAUUUCAAGGUAGAGAGAAGGAUGCGAUAAUUGUGUCACUCGUUCGCUCAAAUGAUAACCGAGAGGUUGGGUUUUUAAGAGAUAAAAGACGUCUAAAUGUUGCUAUCACAAGGCCGAAAAGACAAUUGUGUAUCAUUGGAGAUCUUGAACUUAUGCAAAAAAGUGGGGUUCAGUUUCUAAAAAACUGGGGAGAGUUUGCAGAGGACGAGUUCGAAAUUAGGUACCCCCAACUUGAUGAUUACUAG